UUGCCAUUCUGCUCACCAGAGCAUGUUACCGAAAAGACGGAAGCCCUUGGGGAAGUUCUAAAUGGUGAUCGUUUGGUCGAUGCACCAUACGAAUUAAAUUUUCUGGAGGAGCAGCGGUCAAAGUCUCUUUGUAAAAAAAACUUGUCAAAAGAAGAUGUUGCAAAGUUCAGACAUGCUGUAUCAAAGGACUAUUACUUUGAAAUGUAUUAUGAUGAUCUUCCUUUAUGGGGUUUCCUGGGCAAGAUUGAGGGGGUCAAGACUGAUUCGGGCAAAGACAAGUACUUUCUCUUUAAACACAUCCACUUUAAUAUCCUUUACAAUGAUGAUCGGGUCAUAGAGAUCAAUGUACAAACGGACCCCAAUAUUAAUGUGGAUAUCUCGGAGGAUAGGAAAUUGGAUGUCGAGUUUUUAUAUUCUGUGACAUGGAAAAAUACUGACAUAUCUUUUGGAGAAAGCAUGGCAAAGUACUCAAAGACAUCCUCUAUGCCUCAAUAUUUAGAGAUUCAUUGGUUCUCAAUUGUUAAUUCAUAUGUGACUGUCCUUCUGACUGGGUUUCUUGCUACGAUUCUCAUGCGUGUGCUCAAAAAUGAUAUUUUAAGAUAUUCUCUCAUUGAGGAGUCUCUUGAAGAUCAAGAGGAUUCUGGAUGGAAACAUAUCCUUGGAGACGUCUUCCGAUUUCCAAAGAACAUGUCUUUGUUUUCAGUUAUUAUUUGUUCUGGAACUCAGCUCCUUGUUCGUUAUACAAUGUUCAUCUUCCUUCUUGCACUUGUUGGUGUGUUCUACCCAUACAAUCGGGGAGCCCUUUACACAGCUCUUGUUGUCAUCUAUGCUCUGACUUCUGGUAUCGCUGGUUACACUGCGAGCUCCUUCUAUAUGCAGUUCGAAGGGACUAAUUGGGUGAGGAAUUUGUUGUUGACUGGCUGCUUAUUUUGUGGUCCCUUGUUCUUGACAUUCUUCUUCCUGAACACUGUUGCUAUUACAUAUAUCGCAACUGCAGCUCUGCCAUUUGGAACCAUCCUUGUGAUUCUACUUAUAUGGGCAUUGGUUACUUCCCCUUUGCUCAUAUUGGGUGGGGUUACUGGUAAAAACAGCAAAACUGAAUUCCAAGCUCCAUGCCGUACCAACAAGUACCCAAGAGAAAUUCCUGAAUUGGCAUGGUAUCGAGGCACCAUACCUCAGAUGGCAAUGGCAGGAUUCCUUCCUUUUAGUGCCAUCUAUGUAGAACUCUACUAUAUAUUUGCUAGAGUGUGGGGUCACAACAUAUAUACAAUAUAUAGUAUGCUUUUUAUUGUUUUCAUCAUUCUUAUAAUUGUCACAGCGUUCAUCACUGUUGCAUUGACAUAUUUCCAACUUGCAGCAGAGGAUCAUGGGUGGUGGUGGAGGUAAGUAUCUGGCCUUCUCCUUUGUACUAGAUAAUUCUACCAUUCAGUUGGUCUAGCAUAGACACUGCAGUCUGUUUUUGCAUCUUGAAACUGUUGUGCUUGAACAUAUUUGUAAAUGCGGUACCUCUUUUGUCAUUUAGUUGUCUUGAGUCGAGAGUUCUUUGAAUCAUGUCAUACAUUAAGGUUUUAUUUCAGUUCCUCUUUCAAGAACUUCUAAUGUUAUUUCAUUCAUUUUAAUUGACACGGUU